CACUGUUAUAUAAUUGAUUUCGGGACUGCGUUAGAUAGUCAUUGUAGUUUAACUGCAUUGAACUGCAUUAUAUGGGUCUGCAUUGCCCAUAUAAUGCAAUUCCAAGCUGCAUUAUAUGACAGUGUAGAUCCAGCCCAUGUUUCAUGCACUUGAUCCUAUUCCUAUGUUAGAACAAAUGUUUCCUCAAAGGAACCAAAGAUAAGACGCUUUGUGUGCUAAUGUAAGUAGCAAAUCCAUCACAAUGGACUUGAUGACAUGAAAACAGCAACUUUGGUAGAAGCAGCUUUGUGCCUGAGUCCAAUAAACAGUCAGCUGUUGUUAUAAACAGGAUAAAACUGUCAUGAAUAUGACUCAUGCAUCAUUGCUCUCUUUGUAGGCAGGGAGGGAAUGCAACAAGUGAUUCAAUAACUGAGCUCAUUAAAGAGACAGUUCACCUCCCACAGGAGGCCAAACAGAUUUGCUUGUGCUCUCCAUUUGCACAGAAAGUGGCAUUUCGGACCUCACUUAUACCUCUCCAAAACUCAUAGCACCUGGAUGAUAGGAACUGGACAUCGCUCAGGUAAAACAGCGAGAUUUUGUCUCAUUGUCUGCCAUUUUCUUUUACCUGACCAGACCAAGUGGACCACUUAGACUUCCACCUGAUGGAAAAUGGAAUGCAAGAACUCAAAAUAAAGGAGCAUGUUCCCUUUCAGAUUUAUUGAGAUGCUCUAAGACUCAUCUUUAUCCCAAACUUCUGCUCAGCUGUGGAUGGCUCUCUGGCAUCAUUCUGUUGCCUUGAAGUAUCUUCCCAGACUCUGAACUGGCAGAGUGACUUUUCUUCUUCUUAUAUUGGAUACUGAAGGCUGUGCUCGUAUCCUGUACUUCAUUGCCUGGAGUCUAGCAAGUCUAUAUAAAGAAGAACAAGGACAUAAAGAGGUCAGAGACAUUGGACAAGGACUACCAGAAACAUGGAGCCCAAAGCAAAGGUGAAAAGGGUCUUCAAACCAAAACAAAGCAAAAUUGCAGAUGGCUGCCGCAGAGUUGGUGUAUUUUCCAAAGGAAUUUGCCCUGUAAACGGUUCCAGGCUGCCUUUGGUUAGAGCCAUCAAUGAAGAUGAUGAGCAUGACAGCAGGAAAGUGAAAGAUGCAACGUUUGACCGAGAGAUACUGCUGACUCCUUCAAACAAUACAGAGCUCUCUGCAUUCCAGGCUAUGAGAAGCCUCACCAUAGAGGAAUACGCAAAAGUCUUUAAGUCAUUCUUAGAACAUUCCACUGAGCAUCAGUGCAUGGAACAAUUCAAUAAGGAGGAGCUGCCAAGUAUUAUAGCCAGCCUUGGAAAUGGAAAAUCAACUAUCAAUGUUCUAGGUGUGGGAAGUGGCACAGGUGAACAGGACUUGAAAAUGAUUAAAAUCAUUCAAGCUAAGCAUCCAGGAGUCUUGAUCAAAAAUGAAAUCAUAGAGCCCAACCCACAACACAUUUUGGCAUACAAAGAUGCAGUUAUGGGUUCUGACCUUAAGAAUGUCUCAUUUACCUGGCACCAAUUGACUUCCAUGGAAUAUGAAAAGCAGACAAAAGAGAAAAGCAUGCAAAAGAAAUAUGACUUCAUACAUCUGAUCCAGAUGCUGUACCGUGUGGAGAAUAUUGCAAGCACUAUCAAGUAUUUCCACAGCUGCCUAGAUGAUCAUGGUAAACUUCUGAUUAUAAUUCUAUCAGGUAACAGUGGGUGGACCACCAUGUGGAAGAAAUACAGACAAUGCUUUCCUCCUACAGACUGUGGUCAUUACAUCACAGGAGAUGAUGUCAAAGUUAUCUUGGAGGAAAUGGGGCUAAAAUAUCAGAUGUAUGAGUUUCCUUCUGAUUGGGACAUUACCGAAUGCUUUACUGAUGGAGAUAUCAUUGGAGGUCAUACACUGGACUUCCUCACAGGGACUAAAGAUUUCAUGAAUACGGCACCUGAUGAUCUCAAACAGAGUCUUAGGCAAGCUUUGUGCCAGCCAGAAUGCAGCACCAAGAAGGAUGGAAGGAUCAUGUUUAGGAAUGAUUUGAGCAUGAUUGUGGUGAAUUCCUAAUACUAAUAGAAAUAAUGGAGGCUGUUGUGCUUACAUUCUGAUGGGUAACAAGCAAAACAGAUCUACAGAAUCACUUCUCUGUGGUGAAGGGAAAUUCUAUGAUACUGGAGAAGAGGAGGGAAGUAGCAGGGGAAGAGUUCAACAUGAAGCCUCAUAGACAUGAAGAACGUAAGGCAAAUUUAUUAGCAGAUCUUUCCAGUUUUUAACAAGAUGCAUUUCUUUAUCAUAUGAAAUAAAUAUUGGUUUACACUUAUUCCUUCUCGGUCAUAGGAAAGAACUAGAACAUAUAGCCUAGGAACUUGCUUUGAGGAUGUCUAUAAUUUGAGGAAUCAUAGAUAUGUUCAGAUUAUAAAAAACAUAUAUGGGGAGCAGAAACUUUACAUUAUAUCAAUAUAGAACAAACUAGUACGGGGACUAUUUUUUAAUUUGAUAUGUAAUGUUAAGAAAGUAGGAAAGCUGACAUUGGGUGUACAAAUAUCUUUUGUGUGUUCUCCAAGUAAUUAAUACAGUUAAUCCUAGAACUUCAUUUCCUCUUAAUUUGAGUCUUUUUUCUUGUUGUUAUUGUUGCAUACUGCUAAUGUGCAGAUGGUUUAAUCCCCUCCUCCUGAAUGCAGCCAAUUUCGAAAAGCAGGUGGACAGUGCUAACACUUUGCCAGAUGGGGGGAAAAAAAGAAAAAUUACCCAGCAUGGGAUGAUAAAGAUGAGUGCGUAUCGGGCUUCAGUGUAAUACAACAAGCCUGACACAUUCGUUUUUGUAUUUUCAUACUGUGCUCCUUCUUUUUAAAAAGCAAAUAAAUUAUUUCACAAUGACAA